AAGAAUAUAAUAUAAGUUGGUCUGAAAUAAUCUGCAUAUUUACAGUAAAUUACUACGUCAACACUGACGAACAUUUCAUGGCGACAAUACAAUCAUCUUUGCACGUUUUGCAUGUCUUCCCUAACAAUGUAUUCCGUACAUAGUAUAUAUCUAGGCAUUUGCCUAAAUGAGAUAAACAAAUCACUUUGCUAUUCACAUUUAUUUGCAUACAUACUACACUAAUAGCUAUAAUUUCAUUCAUAAUCCAUUCUAAGAAGCUAGGAAAAGAAAUGAAGUUUUCGGUAACUAGUGCUGUAGUUAGAGCCCUAGUUCUAACAAUGCUUAUAUUGGCAAUAAGCCAUGUCGGUCAAUCUCAAGAUUCGAAUUGGAAUAAACGACGAUCAGAAUCGAGCAAUGGUCGUAAAGACUAUGGUAAUGGCAAGCCCCCUAGUCACAGCCCUAGUCCAAUCCCUUCAAGUCCUCCAUUAAGUCCUCCUGUUGUUCCUCCAAGUACGCCUACCCCAACUACACCUUCUGGUUUGCAAGUCGGCUUCUAUAAAGGUCAAUGUCCUAACCGACUAGUGGAUAUUGAGGCAUUGCUCACAACCAAAGUACAAGAAGAAUUUCGAAAGGAUUCAUCUAUUCUCCCUGCUCUCCUUCGCAUGCAAUUUCACGAUUGUUUUGUACAUGGAUGUGAUGCAUCAAUUCUUAUAAAUGGACUUUCUACCGAGAAAACGGCCGGUCCAAAUCUUAGCGUAAGAGGAUAUGAAGUGAUUGACGCCUUGAAAGUUAUAGCAGAAGCACAAUGUCCUGGUGUUGUUUCAUGUGCUGACAUUAUUGCUAUUGCUACUAAGGAAGUUCUUAGAUUGGGAGGUGGACCAAAUUAUUCCGUACAAACAGGGCGAAGAGAUGGACAAGUGUCAAGAGCCCAAGAUGUGAAUCUUCCGAGUCCUUUUUUGACAGUGACUGAAACCAUUUCAGCAUUUACUGAUAAAAAUUUUACACCAGAGGAAAUGGUUAUUCUUUUAGGUUGCCAUACAGUAGGUGUCUCAAGUUGCGCAUUCUUCCAAGAUAGACUUUACCAAGGUACUAGCCAAUUCGACCCAAUAAUGGACCCAAACCUUCGCCAGCAACUAAUGCCAACAUGCCCCAAGGGCACAACAUCGAACAAUUCCACGUUUCUUGAUCAAAAUCCACAAAGCUCAAACAUAGUUGACAACUCUUUCUUUGUUCAAAUCCUAAAUCAAAGAGGAAUUCUUCCAAUCGACCAAGCAUUGGCUCGUGAUCCUAAAACAGUUUCCUUUGUUCAAAAAUUCGCACAAAGUGCUUCCUUAUUCAACUCUAAAUUGGCUAGUGCCAUGGUGAAAAUGCAGGCACUUGAAGUCCUUACUGGUACCCAAGGGGAGAUUAGAAAAACUUGCAGUAUUUUCAACUAAUCGAAGUUCAUAUGAUACAAAAUUUGAAAGCUAAAGGAUAUGUUCGUUUUCAAGUCUUGCCUAGGAUUGAAAACUCCUAGCUCUUUAAUGUUGCAUUCAAGCAUUAUAUUUGCAUUAUAAUAUAAUCGUAUAUGAUACAUUCAAUUCCUUGCCCUAAGAGGUUUUGAUCGUUCAA